AAAAGCCAUAACUUUAAAAUUUGACAACCCUAUCGUUUGUCUAUUUAAAACAAAAUAUCCCAAGAACGAUUAACGUUAAACAAUUAUCCAAAAACGAAUGCCAAAGUAAAAAAAAAGAAACUGAAAGAUAUCAUUAGAGAGUAAAAUGCGUUAUUUUGUUGUGUUGCUUUCAAUAUUAUUAUGCGGCUUUCAGCAAAUUCAAGCCUAUUGGCCUUUCAGUCAAAAGAAGUCAAUAUACGAAUAUAAAAGCAUCGAAAACGUAAACACAAAACCUUUGUCUCCUGUUAUAUUCGUACCCGGUUACGGUGGAAAUCAAAUAGAUGCCAAAUUGCAUAAAACAAGCACACCUUCUGUCUAUUGUUCUAAAGAUGCGGAUUGGUUUAAUUUGUGGCUUAACCUUGAACAAAUAGUACCUCUUGUUGUCAAUUGUUGGGUGGAUAAUUUUAAACUUUAUUAUGAUAACGUAACUAAAACAACACAUAAUACUCCUGGCGUCGAGACUCGCGUACCUGGCUGGGGUGACCCAGAAGUAGUUCACUGGAUUGACCCCUCACAUAAUAUGAAUGGUGCAUAUUUCAUAGAUAUUGGAAAUUUAUUAAUUAGCAGAGGUUAUGAUAGCAAAAAAAAUAUACACGGCGCACCCUACGAUUUCCGUAAAGCUCCUAACGAGAAUCGGCAAUAUUUUAUAGACUUAAAAGAAUUGGUAGAAGCUACUUAUGAGGCCAACAAUCAAAUUCCGAUUACGUUCAUUGCUCAUAGCAUGGGUAGCCCGAUGAUUUUGGUGUUUUUGCAGCAGCAAACUUCAGAGUGGAAAGCGAAAUAUAUCGCUCGUGUAAUAAGCUUAGCUGGUGCAUGGGCUGGCAGUAUUAAAGCGUUAAAAGUUUAUGCCAUGGGCGAUGAUUUGGAUUCGUUUUUGUUGAGUGGUAAAAUAUUGAAAGAAGAACAAAUAUCAAAUCCUUCAACUGCUUGGUUACUACCUUCACCGCUUUUCUGGGGUGGUGAUGAAGUGCUUGUAAAGACCCCUAAACGUAGCUACACAAUGGGGCAAUUGGAGCAAUUCUUUAAUGAUUUAGGCUUUCGUAAUGGCUGGGAAAUGCGUAAAAAUACUAUGCGCUAUGUAUUAAACUUUAACCCGCCCGACGUUGAAUUGCACUGCUUAUAUGGUGAUCGCGUACCAACUGUGGAACAAUUGGUUUAUGAGAAAGAUGAUAUUACAGAUGAGACCCCAACGUUGGUAAUGGGGCUUGGAGAUGGGACAGUUAAUCGCCGCUCUUUACGUGCCUGCAAAUACUGGUCGGGAUAUCAAGCAGCCAACAUUACCAAUGUAGUGUUUUCGGGAGUCAAUCACAUGGGUAUACUAAAGAAUAAAAAAGUUUUAGAUUAUAUUACAAGAAUAUUGCAAAUAUAAAAAGUUAUUCUUUAAAACUAUAUAUGUAAUUUGACGAUAUGUGGUUGUACACUUCUAUCAAUAACUUUUGUAUCUAUUAAACAUUAUAUAGACGAAAUUGCUCUCUCGAUUGCAAAUCCCGAAUUUGAAUAAAAGCUUUUAAUUAUAAUUUUUUUAAUACGCAAAUACCUAUCUAAAUCUAUUAAUUUGGGUAAUUUAAAAAUAAUAAUAAUUGUUUAAGUAAUAAGAGAUAAAAAAUUUUUUUAUAAUUGAUAGACAAUGAAAAAUAAACAUUUCAGAGUUUAAAUCUUUAUGUCGGUGAGUCCACUACAAA